AUCAGUGGUGCAUCAACAUGGCGGCGCUUCGGAGGGGAGCGGCCUGCCUUAGUUUCCUGAUAAGUUCUGGGCGUGUUCUCUACUGCAGAAGUAGAAGAGAAGCAGUAACAAAGAUCGGAAGAUGGUCACACAUUGUGGGGACAGGUGUUGCGGGUGGAACUUUGUGUGCAGUUCCAUUCAAACUAGAUGAAAACCUGACACACGAGUUUUUGAUCAGACAAGCAGCUUCAGUGGUGUCAGACAGUUCCAGCACUUUUCUCUCCCGCACGACAUUUGCACUCAUCCACGCUUUUAGCGAGUAUUCAAAGGCCGUGCACACACUCAUUGCUCUGCAAAAACGUUAUUUGGAAUCCCUGGGAAAAUUAAGUCAGUCGCAGGAAGACUCCAUCUGGCAGCUGAUCAUUGGACAGCGAGCCGAGGUGAAGGACAAACAAGAGAGGUGUCAGCACUACGAGUCGACCUGGGCCCACGCCAUUAAGACUUGUGAGAUGGCAGCAGAGGCGGCUUUCAUUUCAGGAGCCGAGCAGUCGUCUGUCACCAUGCAGACCAACAUCGAGCUGGCCAAGUUCCAGGUGGAGGAAGUUCGGAAACUGUCGCAAGACGCAGACAAAAAGCUGGCCGAAGCUAAAGCGAUGGAGGUGGAACGUUUGGCUAGCUACGCCGCCUCGCUUGAAAACACCAGCGAUGAGGAAGAGAUACCAGACGCUUAUCUCAGAGAGGACUGAUGGGAGGGACACAAGUAUAGAAUGCACUGGAAUCAAUUUAAUUGUGCUGUGAUCAGCCUUAUUGGCAGUUUCAGUUCAUGACUCUUCAGUUUGGAGGGUGGGGGGACGGUGAGUGGUCUCUGUUGUGAACAGGUUUCUGUCUUAAGCUUUUUAAAUUUUUAAUAAAAACGAAACACUUGUUCAGAAUUACAUUCACACGAAACAUUUUUUUUUCAUUUUAGUAAAAUGUGUAUUUAUGCUGACCCAGCGGUUUUCAAAGACUGACUUGAUUUUCAUAGAUGUUAGGCUGCAUCACAGCAGAUGAGCAGGAUGUCUGGAGAAGAAAGUGAAGGAGAGUGUGCCAUCUGAAUCAGUGUCUUAUCCAGGGACACAGAAGUCAGGGACCGGCAACCUCUCAAUCAUGGGCCGACCAUUCACACCAGUUGUGUGUGACACUCUCCAAGAGUCAUCUCAAGGAUAGAGAAGUCACGACUUAAAAAGAGAUUACAUUAGUUGUCCAUUGUAUUUACAGCAAAAAUCAAGAACAAAAAAAAUUGACAUUGGAUAUCAGAUGGAGGAAUGAAAUAAAAUAUUGAAUGACCAAAUAGUAAUAGUGUACCUGUUUAUGUUCCUGUUGGAUUUUUUUUGCAUUAAAAUCAUAUUUAGCAGUCACAAU